UCUCUUUAGGAAUGCCUUUCGAGGAUAAAAUUAGAGAUAAGCUGAAAUUUUUUGUAAUAAUCACCAAGCAAAACUUCUUUGUUAGCUGACAAAACACGUGCACUGACUGACGGUUUUCUACACCUGUGUUUUAGAAUUUUUCUACUGAUGACACCCUAUUUGUUUAUUGUGAAGUGUUCUAAUUAGUAUUUAUUCUUUUUUAAAACUGUGUUACUAAUUAAUGAUGUGGUGAUGAAAUUUUGAAUAUUUGAUUACUGUUUCUGAACAUUUUUUAAAAAUGUCCAUUGAACAUGCAGAGGCUGCUUAUGAAAGUCUACGAUUGGAACGUUUGAAUGUACAGAAAAAAACAUUUACAAAAUGGGCUAAUCUACAUUUGCAAAAGUAUGGAUUACAGAUAGAUGAUCUUUUUCAAGAUUUGGGAGACGGCUUGAGGUUAAUGAAAUUGCUAGAAUCUCUGACAGGAGAAAAGCUCGGCAAACCUGCAAAAGGUCCAGCAAGAAUCAACAAAAUUGAAAAUGUCAGCAGAUGUUUAGCAUUCUUACAUAGCAAAAAAAUGAGGUUAGAAAAUAUAUCGUCAGAAGACAUUGUUGAUGGAAAACCUCAUCUUAUUCUUGGUUUGCUUUGGACUAUUAUUCUCAGAUGUGAAAUAUCAAAAACAGCAAAUGAGACAGAAACAGACUAUACCAUUCCUCCACCCCCACCUGACCAAACGUAUUAUCCAAUACAAAAGAUCGCAAAAGAAUCUCUGUUGUUGUGGUGUCAAACAAAAACAGAUGGGUAUCCCAAUGUUCGAGUUAGAGAUUUUCAUCGUAGUUGGCGAGACGGACUUGCUUUCAAUGCUCUUAUUCAUUCACAUGUUCCGGCUCUUGUCAACUUUCAAGAUCUUAAGAAAAAUGAGCAUAAGCGUAAUUUGGAAAAUGCCUUUGAUAUAGCGCAAAAACAUAUUGGCGUGCCACGUCUUUUAGAUCCUGAAGACAUUGACACAGCCAAUCCAGAUGAAAAGUCAAUUAUAAUUUAUGUUUCAACUUUUUCAAAAGGCCUUGAUAGGUUAAAAGUAGGAAUUACUGGAGGAAAACGAAUCGCCAAUGUAAUGCAGAAAAUGAUGGAAAUCGACAAAAUGAAACAAGAUUAUGAUAAUCAAGCAUCAGAGCUUCUUGAAUGGAUUCAUUCUAAAGUAUAUGAAUUCAAAUACAUGCCACCAUUGGAUUCACUAGAAUCCAUUCAACAGGAAAUAAUCAGUUUUAAAGAAUAUCGAACAAAAGAAAAACCAUUGAAAAAUCAGUCCAAAAAUGAGAUUGAAGCUCUUCUGUUUGCCAUUCAAAUGAAGAGAUUGGGAAAAAAUGUUUGGAUACCACCUGAUGAUUCAAGUCCUGCAGAGAUAGAAAAAGCAUGGAGUGAUUUAGAACAUGCAGAAUAUCAGCAUGAAAUAGAUGUAAGAGAACAACUUAAAGAACAGGAGAAAUUGGAAAAUUUAGCAUAUAAAUUUGAAAAGAAGAGAGCUGUGAGAGAAAGUUUUUUGAAUGAUAUGCGAAAUAUACUGAUGGAUCCAAACUACGGUUCCAACAUAAAGCAAGCUGAUGCAACAUUCAAAAAGCAUGAAGCAAUCCGCACGGGCAUUGUUGCAAGGGAAAUUAUGAUCAAAGAUUUUGUUGCCAUUGCUGAUACCUUAAUUCAAGGAAAUUACAGAGAAAAGGAGAAAGUCAUUGAAAAGAAAAAUGAAAUAGAAACACAAUGGAACUAUGUCAUUGAGCUGCUUAAAAAAUUUGAUGAAAAAUUCGCCAAUUUGCGAAAAGUUAUGAGCAUUUUGGAGGAAAUGGAUUCCUUAUCUGACGAAAUGAACCAGAUGCAGGUCGACAUAGAAUCUGAAAGUGAACCUUUAGACCUUGAAGCCAGUUCUCAAAAUCAUGCAGUAAGAGAAGUACAGAUAACAUCAUGGGGUGAAUAUGUUCGACGAUUAGAUGUUAAAGUGCUAAGUCAGGAGAAAACGAAGGAUGUAACUGUAUUGAAAAACCAAUUGGCUAAAUUAAAAGAAUAUCAUCAAAGCCUUGUGCAGGUUUCUAACGCCAAACGAGUUCAGUUGGAUGAUCUUAUCAAGCGAAAAGAACAGCUCGAUCAAAUUGAAGAAAUUUAUUCGUGGAUUCAUGAAAAGCAUCAAUACUGUAGCUCAGAUGUUAAUUGCAAAGAUCUAGCAAGUGCGUUACUCCUUCAAAAGAAACACAAAUUUCUGGGUUCAGAAAUACAAUUACAGAAAGACCUCUCAUCUGACAUACAGGACCUCAAACUCCAGAGAGCUUUUGAUGAACUAAAAGAGUUAUAUGACGACAAAUCAAGUCGCAUUGAUCACACUGUACAGUUUCAUCAGUAUUCAGUGGACGCCGAUGAAGCUGAAUCUUGGAUUUCAGAACAGCUUCACAUACUUCUUAGCCUAGACUAUGGAACUGAUGAACUCACGUGUGAGGCUUUAUCACGAAGGCACGUGUACAUGCAGCAAGAAAUUGCUGCAUAUUCAUCUGAAAUUGGAAUACUGUCAGAAGAAGCUAGGAAAAUAUCUGAGUCCCAUUCACCUCAAAGAAUCCAAAAGUUUUCAAGCGCAAAUUUGUUGUCAAGAGGAAAACAACCCUCUAUGAGUCCAGAAUAUUCAGGGAUAGAUUCAGUAAGUGACCAGGUUACUAAUCGUCAAACACGCAUUGAAAAGGCAUUUUCUGAGCUACAACAACAAUGUGAAGAAAGACAAAAAAGAUUGCAACACAAUAACAUGUAUUUCCGAGUUCGAGAUGGUUGCCAAGAAAUGGAAUCUUGGAUGAGGCAAAAGGAACAUGAUAUGAAUGCAAGUAAUUUUGAAGAAGAAGCUGAUAAAAUGGAAAAAAGCUUUGAAGCUUUUCUCAGAGAUCUAGCAUAUCAUGGUUUAGUUAUUGAUGAGUUAAAGAACCUGACAGAACAAUUAGAAGAAGAAAAUGCAGAACAAGCACCAACAGCAAAAAUUUUGUUUGACGAUGCUUAUCGCAGGUGGAAGCAUCUACAUGACUUGACUAGUUUUAAGGAGAGGAAUCUAAAAGGGUUUACGAGCUUAAUGUUAGCACAUCGUACUUGUGAUGAAACCAUUGCGUUUUUGGACGAAAAAAGCCAGUCACAAGGAUCAGAAUUAGUUGAAGAAAUAAAGAAUCUUGAUACUUUAAGAAGGAGACAAGAAGCUGUACAGCGAGAACUUGAGCCUGCCGAGGAACGCUUAAAACAAGCUCUUGUUCUGGCAGAAAACGUUUCAAACUCAUAUCCUGAUCAGAAAGAACAAAUUCAAAGAAAAGUAAAAGACCUGAAUGAAAAAUGGGGUGUUUGCCAGUUAUCGAUAAAAGAAAGAAAACAGAAAUUAGAAGAAACAGCUGGAUUGCAGAUUUUCAAAAAUUAUGCUUCUGAUCUGCUUGAAUGGUCAUACAUGAUGGUUACAAAAUUGAAUGUAAGAGAAAAAAUUGGUGAUCUUGGAGUUGUGGAUAAUGUAAUUAAAGAACACCAUGACGUAAAGGAUGAAAUAUCAACUCAAAUGCACAGAUUUGAGGAAGCUGAAGAAUUAGGUAAUACCAUUCAAGAUCAACAUGCUGAAGUGAGACCUCUUUUAGCACAAUUGGAAGAAUCUAAAGCUACUGUUUCAGAUCUUUGGGUUGAAAAAGAAGUUUGGCUACAACAAAAACGAGAUUUGCACCUGUUUAAUAAAGAAACUGAUCACCUGCAAAGACUAUGCUCAACCCAAAGUACUCUUCUGAUAUCAACAGAACAAAGGGAUACCUUAAGUGAUGCUGAAAUUUUACUACGGCAUCUUGAAACUCUCGUUGAAACAAUGAAAGCUCAAGAAUCUCGCUUUAAUGCAUAUGAAAAAAUGUCUGAUUCACUGAUAGAUGCCGGACAUACAGAAAGUGAAUACAUAAAAAUCAAGAAAGAUCAAACUGUGGAACAAAGAGAAAAAGUGAAACAGCUGGCUGAAAACAGGAAAAAUAUCCUUUUAGAUAUUUUUGAAUUUCAAGAAUUUAAAGCUGAUGCUUUUGAGAUGAAUACUUGGAUUUUGGAGAAAACAAAACUUGCCAAAGAUUUGACAAUUGAUAUUUCUGUGAACCUUCCUUAUAAAAUGAAAAGACAACAAACAUUUGAAGCAGAAAUUUCAGCAAAUCGUGAUAGAUUAACAAACACUCUAUUGAGAGGAGAAACCCUAGUUAAAGACAACACGAAUGUCAAUCAAAAUGAAGUUGCAUCAAUACUUGAAGAGCUUGGGAAUUCCUGGAAUGAACUUAUAGACCUUGUGGAAUUAAAUCAAUCUACACUUCAAAAAGCUCUUGCUUUGAGAGAUUUUAGCAAUUCUGUCGAGCAAAUUCUAAAAAAAUUAAAUGAACUCAUAAAAGCAGUUUCUUCUACUAAUUAUGGAAAAGAUUUGCGAAGCGUAAAAAGUUUAAUUAAAGAUCUAGAGACUGUAGAAAACGAAAAAAGCUCAUUACUGCCAAAGAUAUCACUGUUGGUUGGGCAAGGAAAUCAACUAAUUGAAGCUAAUUGCGAAGAAGAGGCUAUACAAAAACUUCUCACAAAAAUGACCAAUAAAUCAGAUGAAUUAGAAAAGCCUUUGGCUGAAAGAAGACAGAAACUUGAAACUUGUUUGAAAUUUUAUCAAUUCAAAUCAGAUGUUGAGAGAGAACAAACGUGGAUUUCAGAGCAAAUGGUAUUACUUUCAACAGUCCCGGUUAUUCGCAAUUUGUUGGAUGCUCAAAAAUUCCAAAAGAAAAUUGGAAAUCUUGAACUAGCAAUUGAAAACCAUAAAGCUGUCAUUGAAAAUCUUCAAGAAAAAGUUCUUCUACUUGUCACUGAAGAUGAAUGUCCUGUAGACGUUACUCAACCAUCAAUUUUGAUGAAAGAACAAUGGACUCAACUGUUAAAAGAGUUUAACACUCAGAAAGAAAAAGCAAACAUUAGUUAUAAAGCACAAUCAUUUUACAGUGAAGCAGCAGAUAUCGAUGCUUGGAUUGCUGAGAAGUUAGAAAUUCUUACAAACGCUGAUUAUGGAAAAGAUGAAGAUGCUGUCAUAAAGCUUUUAACAAAACAUAAGGCAUUGGAGUUGGAAAUUGAUUCGUACAAGGGAUUAGUCGAUGAACUUGGAAAUCAGGCAGAAAAUUUAAUUGAAUCAAAUCAUCCAGAUUCCAAGAUUAUAAAGAAUAGAAUGGAUGUUAUCAAUCAAGAAAUGAAAAACCUUCAAAAAUUGUGUACUGUGAAAAGGCAAAAAUUAUUGGAAUCCAAAAGCCGAUAUGAAUUUGAAAAUGAAACAGAAGAGCUAAAGGAAUGGAUUGCUGAACAAAUAGAAAUAGCCGCAUCAGAAGAUUAUGGUGAAGAUUAUGAGCACGUUUUGGUACUGAACCAAAACUUUGAAUUUUUUAAAACUCGUGUGGAAAGUGGCUCAAAACGAGUUAUGCAAUAUGAGGAGUUUGCAAAAAGACUGAUAAAUAGUAAUUGUUACUUUGUCACAGAUGUAAGGGAGAGUUUGGAUUACUUAAGUGCACGAUGGUUAGAACUUGUUGAAAGCAUCGAAGCAAGAUCUUUCAAAAUGGAAGCAGCGUCAGAAAUACAUCGUUACCACCGUGACGUUACAGACAUAUUAUCUAGAAUUCAUGGACAUUAUCGAACAAUACCACAAGAACUUGGAAACAACCUUAAUCAAGUUCAAGAUUUACUUAAAAAGCACGAUAAUGUUGAAAAUGAACUUUUAGGAAUUGAAGCACAAGUUCACAUACUUUUAAAAGAUAGUCAAAGAUUGCAAGAAGUGUAUCCCGGAGGAAAUGAGGAACACAUUCAGAUGCAGCUCGCACUUGUUGUUGAAAAUUGGAACCUUUUGCAACAGAGAGUAUCAGCGAGGAAAGAUCAACUGCUAGUAGCUCAGCAAGUUCACAAAUUUUUAGCAACAGUAAGAGAAGAAGAAACCUGGGCGAAAUCAGUAUGUCUCGAUUUAGAUUCAGGAAUUUUGUCCAGAGAUCUUCAACAGCUGGAGAAGGAACACAUACUUUUAGGCGAUGAAAUAGAAUCCCGCUUAGCACGGUAUGACGAAUUAAAUCAAGAGGGUGAUUUGUUGAAGACAUCCGAUAUGUUCCAAUCUCAAGUUGAUGAGAAGUUAAAAUCUUUAUCCGAUAUUUGCAUUAAAGUUCGAGAUGCUUAUAACAGGCGAUCUACACUCAUUCAGCAAAAGAAGGGUGUAGUCCUUUUCUUCAACGAUGCAAAACAAAUUCAAGCGGCUAUAGCCCAAAAGGAGGUUCAAUUAUGUGGGAGUGAAAGAAAAGAAAUAGUCGAAGAUAUAUCGGAUGAUUUGAAGAAACAUUUAGAAUUUCAGAAGCUUAUGGAAACUCAAGAAGAAAAGUUUGCACAUUGGAAAGAACAGGGUGAAAUUCUUAUAAAGCAACAUGUUGAAGAGGCAGAAAAAAUUGAUAAAAAAAUUGAAGAUCUAUCUGAAAGGCGAAGACGCUUAAUAGACUUCAGUUCCGAAAGAUGUAGAAGUCUUUCGGAAGCCUUACAGCAUGCUAAGUUCAAACGAGACACAAUAGAGGCUGAAGCAUGGAUUCAAGAAAAGAAAAAUAAAUUGAGAUUAGUUUCAAAGGAUUACAAUAAACUAAGUGAUGAAGAAAAAAUUAGAUGUUUACAAAAACAACUUGCAGUUCAAUCUGAACUUGACGCUCACGAAUCUUUUAUUAAUCAGAUUGUUCAACAAAGUAGAGAAUUUAGUCCAACUGACGAAGCCAAAACGAGACUCCAAUACAUUUUGGAAGACUGGGAGGAAAUUAAAACGAAUGCUGCAAAAGUUGGAACUGAUUUGGCUCAAGCUAGAGACAUGCUAGCUCUUCACGAAUCUUUUGAAAAAGCUGAAUCUUGGAUCAAAGAGAAGGAGCUGAUGAUACAAGCAAAUGAUGUAGGGAAAGAUUAUGAACAUUGCAUGGCUAUUCAAUCUAAACUGGAUGACGUUAAUUCGGAUUCAAAAUUAGAUCAAGCAACACUCAUAGAAAUGAGAAAUCUGGCUACAAAACUCUCAAGAAAUGAUGAUUUGCAAGGAGUUUAUACUCGCUACGAAGUGAUUUGGGACAGGUGGAUCAGUUUAAAAGAAGAUAUGUCAUUGUACAGGCAAAAGUUAGUAGAUGCUGCUCAGGUUCACUCAUUUAUCAGGGACGUUGAUGACACUAUUGAAAGAAUAAGAGAAAAAACUCUAGUGCUUUCAUCAAGAGAAGAAGCUGAAGAAUUAAGUAGUGUACAAUCAAUGCAGAGAAAAAUGGAAGAAUUACAGCUAGAUCUAACAGUUUUAGAAAAAGAAAUAAAAAAACAAGAGCAAGAUGCAAGAAUUUUAAGUGAAUUGCACGAAUUAUCAUCUUAUAAAAUAAAUGAUAAAAUGAGUCAAGCUCAGAAGGAAUGGGACAUCUUACAAAAAGAAUUGAAAGAGAAAAAACAUUAUAUAGAAUUGGCUCACACCAGUCUGAAAUAUGUAAAAGAUGUGAAUGAUUACCUUAGAAUUAUAAAUGAAAUUGUUGCUGAAAUUGAAUUUGGGGAACUUCCAUCAAACAGUAGUGAUGCUCAAGAACUGCUAAAUAUUCAUUCCGAUAUAAAGGCGCAAAUAACUGUACGUCAACAAGAAAUAAACGAUCUUCAAGAAAAAGGUCAACAAUAUUUGCGUCAACCUGGAUUAGCCCAUGCCGAUAUAGAGAAAUGCAUGCAAUCACUGCAAGAGACCAGCUACAAUUUAGAUAAUGUUUGGCAUAAUCGGUAUACAGAUCUCAUGCAAUGCAGAGAUCAGCAGCUUUUCUUAGAAAAAACCAAACAAAUCGAAAACUGGUUGUCUGUGAAAGAAGCUUUCUUAGCAAAUCAAGAUAUUGGAGACUCCAUGUCCAGUGUUGAAGCUCUUAUACGUAAGCAUGAAAAUUUUGAGGAAACGUGUACAGCUAAUUUCGAAAAAAUACGAGAAAUAGAAUUGAUGGCUAGAGAUUUAAGAGAUCAUCAUAAUUAUGAACAAAUUGAAGCGCAAUGUGAUGAGAUAUGUCGGAGAAGAGACACUUUGCAAGAAAAUUGCAAGCGUCGUAAGAAAAUCCUUGAAGACGCUAAGACUCUGCAGAAAUUUCUUCUGGAUAUGUAUGAGAUUACGCAUUGGAUGGAUGAAAAAAUCCGCGUUGCUUCAGAUGAUUCUUAUAGAGACUUAACUAACCUUUUAAGUAAAACCCAAAAACAUAUGGCUUUUGAAGCUGAAAUAAUGGCCAAUCAUAGCCGUGUUGUUGAUUUCACCAAACAAGCUGAAAAACUAAUUCAAGAAAACCACUUUGCCUCGACCGAGAUUAAACAACAUGCAGAAAAUGUUGAAAACCAAUGGGAACAGUUGUUGAAUGCAUCUAAUUUAAGAAAAGAAAAACUUAUGGAAGCGUCAGAUGCUUUACAAUUCACAAGAAAGUUAGAAGAUGUUCACUAUUGGCUGGAAGAAGCUGAAGGUCAAAUAUUGUUUGAAGAUUAUGAUGCAAAUUACGAUUCACUUCAACAACAGCUACAUCAAAUUCAGGAACUACAAAGAGAAGCCGAAGAGAAUUCCGAUACUCUUCGAUAUUUAGGAGAAGUUUCAGAGGAAUUUCAGCAAGCAAAUCACUUUUCUAAAGAUAACAUUGCAUUUGAACUAAAGGAAGCUAUUCAGAGAUAUCGUUCUGUGGAGAAUGGUCUACAUGAGAAAAGUAUAGAUUUAGAAGGUGCUCUUUGGCUGUCUGAGCUGGAGAAAGAUAUUAAUGACGAACUUUCUUGGAUUGAAGAAAACAUAAAGUUAUGCGAAUCGGACGAAUACUACGAUGAUAUCAUGACCAUUCAAGCUUUUCAGAAAAAUUUACAGGCCUUGGAGACAGAGAUAAUAUCUCGAGAGCCUCUCAUAUCAUCAGUUGUAGAACGUGGUCGAAGAGCUAAGGGUGAGGCAGCUGAAGAAAAGGUGAACCAAUUAGAACAACGCUUCCAAGUUCUGAAAGAUGCAGCUAGUUUACGAAGACUAAGAUUGGCCGAUGCCCUUGAAGCACAAAAGUACUUCUUUGAAGCAAAUCAAGCGGAAAUAUGGGUUAAGGAAAAAUUAUCUCAAGUUAUUGGUUAUAACAUUGAGCCAGACGUAUACUCUGUGCAGGCUAUACAGAAAAAGCUGAAUGCAGUUGAUGCAGCAUCUGCUGCAUUUCGAAGUACCAUACAAAAUUUAGAAGAUAUCAGCGCCAGCUUAAUUGCAAGAAACCAUUUUGAUUGCGAGAACAUCCAGAAAAAGCAGGACGAAGUGACUGACCACUUUGAAGAAUUACGAAGGAACAUAUUAAAGAAAACAGCUGUAUUGAAAGAAAAAGAAGAAUAUUUCUUAUAUGAGAAAGAAGUCAAACACCUAAUAGCUCAACUAAAAGCAAUGUCUGGUUCUGCCACUUUAUCAGAACUAGGAAGAGAUGUCGAACAUGUUGAGACUUUGCUGCAAAAGUUCGAACUCUUCAGUAAUAAACUUCGAGGUUAUGAAAUGAAUGUCGCAGAAUUGGAGGUAAAAGGAAAUUAUCUAAUAGAACAAGGACAUAUGGAAUUAGAAAGUGUCAAUGAAAUUUUAAAAGAUCUUAAUGUAGCAUGGCUGAAAUGCAAAGAAGCAGUAGAUAAUAGACAACAGGUUUUGGAACGAGAAAAGUUAGUUCAUACAUUUUACAAAAGUGUGGAUGAAACAGAAAGCUGGAUAAACGAGAAAGAUGUCGCUCUUUCAUCACAAGAUUAUGGCCAUGAUUUAGAAAGUAUAAAAACUCUUUCAAGACAUCAUGAAACAGUUGAAGGUGACCUAAAAGCAAUUGAAGAACAAAUACAAGCACUUGACGAAGAAGCAACUGAAUUGAAAAAACAAUUCCCUGAUUCAAAAGGUGAAAUUGAGGACAAGCAUCAAACUGUACAAAUUUCUUGGAUGAAAUGCAAAGAAAAAUCAACAGGAAGAAAAGAUAAACUCUUACAAUCUGAGCAACUUCAGUCCUAUUUUGACGAGGCCAGAGAUUUCCAUGCCUGGGUUUAUGAGAUGUCAGCCUUAUUGACAAACAAAGACUUACCUCAAGAGGUAUCAGCUUGUGAAGCUCUUUUAGCUCAACAUGAGGGAUAUAAAUCGGAAAUUGACACUCAAAUGAGAUCAUUUUAUGUUUUUGAAGCUCGAGGAAAAGAAAUAAUAGAUAGUGGUCACUUUUUAUCUCAUGACGUUGAAACCAAGGUAGAAACAGUCAGUUCUUCCUUUAAAGAACUUCUUGAAACUUGGGAAAAAAGAAAGUCACUUUAUGAACAAAAUCUUGAUCUUCAACUAUUUAAGAAAAAACUGAUUGGUUUAGAAACUUGGUUGAGCACGCAAGAACACAAUUUGAAUGAAGAAAAUGGUCGCUCGAUUGAGGAAGUUGACUAUCUUAUUCAGAGGCACGAACAAUUCGAAAAGAAACUCGAACUCUACAAUUCGAAAUUUCAAGAGUUAUUGGAAACAACAAAGGUUGAAAGAAAAGCAUCUGAGGAUGAAGUAGAAAGAGAAAAGAAACGAAUUGAAGAAGAAAAGAAAGAAGAACAGCAAAGACUGGAAGAAAUCAGACGUAAAGAAGAAGAGAGACUUUUAGAGGAACGGCAAAAAGAACGUGUGCCAACAGGAGUGAGUGAAAUUGACUACGAUGGUGAUUAUUUGAAUUUUGAGAACUCAUUAUCAGAGGAACCUAAAUUUACUCGAAUAGGAAGUAGAAGAUCCCUCAGAGAAAGACCUGGUUCUGUAUUACCCAGAACACCUGUCAUUGGGAAAAGAGAAUCUAUAAUACCAGAAAUUGUGGAGGAACCACCGACGUAUGUGCCACCUAAAGAAUUACCACCUACAACAGCAGAAGGAUUCCUUGCUCGCAAACAAGAAGUACUAAGUGGAGGCAAACGCUCAACAAUGAGACAGUGGAAAAGUUACUACACAGUUUUGUGUGGACAGUUGCUCUGUUUUUUCAAAGAUAAAAAAAUGUUCCAAAACAGUAAAGCUGCAAGUCCACCCGUAAACAUAUUAAAAGCCAAUUGUUUCAUACCAUCAGACUAUCACAAAAAGAAGUAUGUUUUCAGACUUGAAGUAUCUGACAGAUCAGCCUUUUUAUUUGAAGCUUUAAGCGACAUUAAGAGACAAGAAUGGAUGCAGAAAAUCAAAUACGCAGCAUCUUUGCCACCAAAUAGGCAAUUAACGACUGCAUAUGACCAAACUAGUUAUAGUAGGUCCAAGGGACAAAAACAAGCACCUCCCGCUUAUGAAGAGGAUCGGUAUGAGAGAUACGAUGAUGUAGACGUAGAAGAAAGCCAGCUGUACGCAAAUGUUGGUCGUAACUCAUUAUAUCAGACAGAAGAAGAUGAUGAAUCAAUAAUUGAUGAUCAAUUCCGAUUACGAACGUUAUCAGAAGAUAGUCAUGGUGUAGGAAUGUCAGAUGAAGAUCGAAGAAAAUCAUCGAUUGAAGACAGUUGGUUUAAAAGGCCUGUUGAAAGGAAAAAGAGCAAAGAACACUUUAUUGGUGCUGGAGUAUCUGCUAGUGAACAGCGUAAAUCAUCAACGGAAGAUAAUUGGUACAAAAAGCCUGUUGAAAGGAAGAAACACAAAGAACAGUAUUUAAGCACAGGAAUAUCUGAUGAUGAUCAACGUAAAUCAUCAACAGAAGAAAAUUGGUUCAAAAAACCUCUUCAAAAGAUUAAAAGCAAAGAACAUUUAGAAGAUGGAGAUAACAAAUUUGGUUCCUCAUCAGAAGAAGAGAAAAUUAAACCCGAUGAAUUUCGAUUGUCGAAUGUUUUUGAAGUAAAAAGUGUAGGAGAGUCUUUCUACGACGAUCCAUUUGCCGAAGCACGUCAAUCUUUUUCUGCUGAGUCGUACGAUCAUGAUUCAGCAUCAGCAAGAUCAUCAGUAUCAAAUACUUCCAGCUAUGUGACCGCGGUUGCUGGUUCAACUUCAAGUUUAUCAACUUUAAGAGAUGAAAGAAUACCUGAUUUGGCCUCAUCUGAAGAUGAACAACACUCCUACACUAAUCCUCACCCUACUCCCCGAGGUAGUACAAUUUCUACCGACGAAGUAAACCCUGCAAUGAUUGCCAAACAUCAAAGCCUGACUUUAGAUCCUGGAUAUGUUUUCAAGAAAGUUGAGAAGCCAAAACCAAAGAAAAAGUGGUAUAGCCUUAGAUCAAGAAAAUAGAGUUAAUAUCAUUUGUAUAUUUUAUUAAGUCAUAUUUAUUAUAUUUUUUGUGAUUUAUUUUGAAAAGCGAACAAAUCAAUCUGUCCUUUGUUUAGAAAUUAUGUUGAUUCUUGAAAAAAAAAUUAUGUUAUUUUGUUUCAUAUUCACAAAUUUUCGUAUUAAAACCAGUUUAUUGUAAAA